AAAAAUCGCACGAAUCUCAAAGCAUACGUGGCGAUUUCAUCGUCCGGCUAAGGACUACGGAUCCUGAUCGUCUAUAUUACCCCUCGUUGCGUGCGUUAAGAGGGCAAAUAGCGACGAAUCUGACGGGUUUCGAGGAGGUUGUCGAACCUAGGGCCUCUUUUCUCUCAUCCUCAAUGGCGACGGAGACCAAACCUGUGGCGGCAGAGGACCCGAAGGUCGACCUCUUCGAGGAUGACGAUGAGUUCGAAGAGUUCGAGUUUGGGGAAGAAUGGGAUGACAAGGAAGAAGGCAAAGAAACAGUGCAGCAGUGGGAGGAUGAUUGGGAUGAUGAUGAUGUCAAUGAUGACUUCUCUGUGCAACUCAAGAAGGAGCUCGAAAGCAGUUCAGAGAAGAGUUGAAUAUUGAUUAGCAACUAUUAAGUCGUUCUUUUAGUUGUGGAACAUAUAACAACUUUUUAUCGCAUAAUGUUGCCCUAAGACCAUAUCUAUAUUUUAUAAUCAUGCACUGGCUUUGAAGUUGA